AUGCCAUACGGAGACAGGGACCAGUAUGGCGCCCGCAGCUCAUCUGUGUCCGCCACCCGCCGCCCCAAAUCUACAUUCGAAGUAGAAGUCCCUCGCUCCCACUCAUAUCCAUACUAUCAGCCGCCGAGGCAGUUCCCCCGCCACCUCCACGGCCCAGUGCCGGAAACUCCAGUCAUCUACGAGGAAGGGCGGAGGCCGACGGCGGCAGCAACCUUCUUACGGUGGUUUAUCGAUGGCUUCAAGCGCGAUCCGGACGCACAGCUCACCAUCACUAAGUCCACGCCGUUUUUGGACCGAACGGAGUUUGAUUUUGCGGGUGCGGCGGCGGCGACCGCGAAUUCGCCGUUGAAGCGUAGGUUGCAAGGCAGGCAUCUGCAGAUGAUCGCUAUUGGAGGGUCGAUAGGAACCGGCCUGUUUGUUGGAUCGGGUAAAUCGCUAUCAACCGGCGGCCCGGCUUCGGUAUUGAUUGCCUUCCUCCUCGUCGGUGUGAUGAUAUAUGCUACCGUUCACGCACUCGGAGAGAUGGCUGUCCUCUUUCCCGUUGCCGGAUCUUUCUCGGCGUACUCUACUCGCUUUUUAGACCCGGCCUGGGGCUUCGCAAUGGGCUGGAACUAUGCACUCCAAUGGCUUGUUGUAUUUCCACUGGAGAUUGUGGCCGCCUCCGUGACGGUGUCGUAUUGGAACCAUUCCACUCCUCUCUCGCCGGCGGUCUGGGUCACGAUUUUCUACCUUUUCAUCUUUGCGAUUAACCUCUUCGGCGUACGGGGGUAUGGAGAGGCGGAGUUUAUUUUCUCAAUCGUCAAAGUCGUCGCCGUCGUGGGAUACAUAAUUCUCGGCAUUGUGCUCAAUGUUGCUGGCGGCCCGGAUGGGAGUUAUAUUGGUGGCAAGUACUGGCGUGAUCCAGGAGCGUUCAACCACGGCAUCAAGGGACUAUGCAGCUGCUUUGUCAAUGCCGCAUUUGCCUUCACCGGUACUGAACUGGUCGGACUCGCUGCUGCCGAGGCAACUAAUCCACGAAAAUCACUUCCUACGGCGGUCAAGCAGGUGUUUUGGCGCAUAGCGCUCUUCUACAUCAUAGCUCUGACAAUGGUAGGACUUCUUGUGCCCUACACCGACAGUCAUCUCCUCCAAGCCACCUCAGAUGCAACCUCAACAGAAUCUACGGCUUCUCCGUUUGUCAUUUCCAUCACAAACGCUAGUAUCACUGGCCUUGACUCCGUAAUGAACGCCGUCAUCAUGGUCUCCGUCCUUAGUGUCGGUAACUCAGCGAUAUACGGCUCUUCACGCACCCUAGCCGCACUGGCAGAGCAGAACCAGGCUCCCCGUUUCUUAGCAUACAUCGACCGUCGAGGAAGACCCAUCUUCGCCGUCCUAGUCGCAUUCGCAGCCGGAAUGCUCUGUUUCCUCGCUGCAUCGAGCCACCGUGACGAGGCCUUUACUUGGAUGAUAGCUAUCUCCGGCCUAUCCGCCAUCAUGACCUGGUCAUCUAUUUGCCUAGCACAUAUCCGCUUCCGCCGCGGAUGGCUUGCCCAAGGCCACUCUCUGGACGAACUCACCUUCCGAUCCCAACCUGGCGUGAUCGGCUCUUACAUCGGCCUGGUAUUCAACAUGCUAGUACUCAUAGCACAGUUUUGGAUUGGCAUGUUUCCAAUCGAUUUACCCGAGAACUCUCUCAAAGGACAUAUACAGAAUUGGUUCUCCGUAUAUCUUGCAGCGCCCAUCGUGUUAAUAUUCUAUGUCCCAUAUAAAAUAUGGUUCAGGACUUCGAUCGUCCGGGCCAAAGAUAUGGAUUUAAAGACUGGUAGGCGGGAUUUGGAUUUGGGCGAUUUGAUUUCUGAAGAGAGGGAGGAGAGAGAACAGUGGCCGGCUUGGAAGAAAUUUUAUAAGAUAUUCUGCUGA